AGGAGGUGACGAGGGAAACCCGUUAGUUCCUCCUCCAGCGCUCGCGCAUAAAACUAGCAGUUAUUAUGAUGUCUCCCGUCAGUAGAGUUGCACCUGCUGUGGAUUUAUAUCAUUUUUUUACACUGCUUGUUUCUGGAGAUUGUUUCUGGAGAUGUCCGCGUCCACAGAUGUCGAGAGUCAGUCGCCCGCCGCGCGCUCCCGAAGCCGGUGUCUGGACAUAUUCCUCACCGUAUCCGUGAUCGCGCUCUUCAUCAUGUUUGCGAUCGCGCUCGCGGGCUCGCUGUGGUUCGCCAAACACAUUGAGAACGAAAUAAACGAGAGGAAAUCACGAGAAUUAGACGGAUCUACGGACUCGUUGGUUGCGCCUUUGCCUAUGACCGGAAACGCAUAUAAGAUGCAGAAUUUUGCAUACCUGAGGGCCAUUGAAAGUGAACUGAAGAGUGAAAAUGUGAUGGCGUGGGAAUCUAUCCCGUAUGGAAAGGGUCACACCGUCGGCUCUCUCUACAGCUAUGAUACAAAUCAGAAAGUGCUGAAUGUGAAAAAGAGUGGAAGCUACUUCCUGUAUGUCCAACUCAGUCUAUCCUGCAAGGCGAAUUGUACGCCUGGCCAAUUCACUGUCAGCUUUUACAAUCUACUGAAUAGGAAGGAGCUCACCUGUACUGUCUCGCUGCCUGAUGCGAUCGGAGACGAGCCUGUCAGCCGGACGUGCUGGCAUGUCGUCACUUUUCCGGAAAACGGAAACCGCCUCAUGGCUAAAUCAGAGUUUAAGCACAAACUGGACAACUGGACACUGCAGAUGAAUGACUCUGGAUUUGGGAUGUUUCUUGUGGAUGGAGCACAAGCAGAACAUCAAUCAUGACUGAACUGAUUUCGGACUGCUCGUGUGAGCCGUCUCAUGGGUCUUUUGAUGCACUCAGGACUGUUUUAAUACUCUGAUGAGAGGGUCCGUUUAGACUCCACUAAUGUCCACAAACUAUAUUGGCUAAUUUGGCGAUGCCUUCAUCUAUCAAAAAGACUGGCACUGUGACAUUUUAGCCACAAUAUUCACAUGCAUUCUGCCAAAUUUGGCAGGUUUUCCUCUACAACAAAGAAAACAUAAAAUGCAAUGACGUUUGCAGACUCGGUCUGGGCCUGAACUGAUAAGCAAUGCUCCUUAAGCACUAUUUAUAAUUUAGAAAUAUUUAUAUGUGUUUAACUUGUAAUAUUUAUAUUCAUAUUUUGUUUAUACUGCACACAAUGUUUGUAAAUCAUGUUUGUGUAAAAUAGUUGUAGACAUCACUACGUAUACGCGACAUCAGACCUGAUGGUGGUACGACUAAACCUUUCGUUCACUGAUUGUAUGUACUGUAUUAGCCUCUUGAUGUUUAGGUACAUCGCAGAAAUAACGUGACUAUCAUGUGACUAUCAUGUGACUAUCAUGUGACUUUGACCUACACAUCAACACUUGCGCCUUAACUAGUGUACUAAGUUAGGUCUGGAUUAUCACUGUACGUUUAAGAACUCAAAAAGCUGCAUGUGUGAAUGUGUGUGAGCAUCUCUUCGCAUGUUUGUUGUGAAGCAGAGAAGUGUCUGAAUGCUAAGAAACUCAGGAACUCUAGAGAUGAAUGUAACGAUGAUGACAAUGUGUGAAAUGCUUUAUUUUGUAUACUAUAUUUAAUAAAACUAAAUGUUAAUUUUA